AUGGCGCGCAAAGCUGUCGCGAAGGUUGGAGUGAAGCAGAAGGCCAAGGAGAAGGGCGCCGACGCCAAGACCGAUCCGAGCGAAAGGAAGAGGACCAUCGUCUUCUUCCACCCCGACCUGGGCAUUGGUGGUGCUGAGCGCCUCGUCGUCGAUGCCGCCGUUGGUCUUCAGGAGCGUGGGCACAAAGUCGUCAUCUUCACCAACCAUUGCGAUCCAAACCACUGCUUUGAUGAGUGCAAACCCGAUGGCAUUCUCGACGUCCGUGUGCGCGCCUCUGGGCCAAUUCCCAUGUCCAUCUUCAAUCGUUUCACGAUCCUCUGCGCAAUUGCCCGCCACAUCCAGCUGUUGCUCCAAAUCAAUUACACCCGCGAGCUGACCAACCUCAACCCCGAUGCCCUCAUCGUCGACCAGCUCUCCGCUGGCCUACCCCUACUACAAUACUUCGUCACCUCUGGCCCUAUUUUAUUCUACUGCCACUUCCCCGACAUGCUCCUUGCACAAGGCCGCGAGAAGACCAUCAAGCGACUCUACCGUGUACCAUUUGACUGGCUGGAGGAGUUCACAAUGGGCUUCGCGCAAGCCAUCGCGGUGAACAGCCGUUUCACAAAGGGCGUGGUCGCCAAAACUUGGCCAGGUUUGGCGAAAAGCAGCCCCAUGAAGGUUGUCUACCCAUGUGUUGAGACAGGUGCAACCGAGGAACCGUCUGUCGAGGCUGAGAAGCUCUUUGGAGGGGACAAAAUCAUUCUAAGCAUCAAUCGCUUUGAGAGGAAAAAGGACAUUGCGCUUGCUCUCAAGGCAUUUGCCGCAAUCCCGGACAAGAAACGACAGAAGGUCCGCCUCGUCAUCGCAGGGGGCUAUGACCACCGGAUCGAUGAAAACGUCAAAUAUCACACUGAGCUUCAAGCUCUAGCAGACUCUCUCUCCAUCUCCCACCAGACAAUCAAAGCCUCAGAAGAUCUCGCUACCGCAUCUCCAGACUCUCGAGUCUUAUUCUUGCCAUCAGUUCCUGGCGCAACCAAGGACAAGCUCCUGCGAGCUGCGAGAUUGCUUGUCUACACCCCCUCUCAGGAACACUUUGGAAUUGUCCCUCUCGAGGCCAUGCUCGCUCGCACCCCGGUCCUGGCCGCCACUACCGGCGGCCCUGUCGAGACUGUCGUUGACAACGAGACUGGCUGGUUGCGAGACACGGCCGAUGUGCCUGCCUGGACGGAGGUCAUGAUCCGGGCUCUUGACAUGCCCGAUAAGAAGAUCAACAUACUUGGUGACCUAGGCGCAAAACGUGUAAGGGACAACUUCAGCCGGGAUGCAAUGGCACGGAACCUGGAGGAUAUCGUGAGCGAGAUGCGUUCGGUUCCCCCCAACCGCUCAUUCUUGCUUCCCCUCGCUUUGAAUCUCUUCAUUGUCGCCAUAGCUUUCGUCAUUGGCAUCGUUGCUUCCCAGUCGUACUAUACGGUCAAAGACUUCAUCUCGGCGUCCUCCAAGUGA